AUGGAACAAAUUAUUAACAAUUCAACGAUACCUGAGACUUUUCUCAGUAACGUCGAGUUAAAUUCAUGGAUUAGCUACCAUGUCCCAUCUGUGGAACAUCCAUUUGGCUUAGAAUUAUGGCCAAUCUUUUCUAAAGUAUUCAAUUUUAUCGUUGGUUAUCCAGCUGAAGAGUUUAGAUUUGUUUACAAUGAAACAUUCUUAGCUAAUGGAUACCAGGCCAUUGGAGUCAUUAUAGUGUAUUACAUUAUAAUUUUUGGAGGUCAAUUUAUUUUAAACCUAUUUAAGGCUUCGCCAAUGAGAUUAACUAUUUUGUUCCAAAUGCACAAUAUAUUCCUAACUUCCGUUUCGUUCAUCGUCUUGAUGCUACUAUUAGAGCAAUUAAUCCCUAUGGUUUAUCAUCAUGGAUUAUUUUGGGCUAUCUGCUCCAAGGACGCAUUUACCCCCAAGUUAAUUACCCUUUACUACUUAAAUUAUCUAACCAAAUUUUGGGAAUUACUUGAUACGGUUUUCUUAAUCCUAAAGAGAAAAAAGUUGAUCUUCUUACAUACCUACCACCAUGGUGCUACCGCCUUAUUAUGUUACACUCAACUGAUGGGCCAUACUUCUGUUGAAUGGGUUCCAAUUACUUUAAAUCUAGGUGUCCAUGUCAUCAUGUAUUGGUAUUAUUUCCUAAGCUCAUGUGGUAUUAGAGUUUGGUGGAAACAAUGGGUUACCAGAUUCCAAAUUAUUCAAUUUUUAAUUGAUUUAGGUUUUGUUUACUUUGCCACUUAUACCUUUUAUGCAAAUGAAUACUUUGCUGAAUAUUUACCUCAUAUGGGGUCAUGUUAUGGGGAGGAAAUUGCUGCAGCUUAUGGCUACAUGAUUUUGACUUCAUAUUUGGUAUUAUUUAUUUCCUUUUAUGUUAGCUCUUAUAAGAUGGCUGGCAAGAAAAGUAAAAAGGAACACGAGAAGAAAAACUCUGUAUCCAAGAAGGAUAGGAAAGGAGAUGCUGUUUCAACCACCAGCAAACGUAAUGUGACUACUGCCACCUCGAGGAAAGUAUAA